CAGUCAUUUACGCGGGUCGAGGAUCUUCAGAUCUGAUACAGUCUUUCCUUUCCCCUUCUCUUUCAUCUCUUCUACUUCUUUCUCUUCACACGACUGGCUCGUGAAUACGUUCUCGGGCUAGAUUUUGUUUUGGAGAGGUCGAGAUCUACGUUAUUUCUUGCACUCAGCAGAACCUUUAACAGACUUGUGUGUACUCCAUCACUCAGACAUUGUGGCGGACGACGAAGACGGGGGCCAUCCUGCGCGUGGCAGAGGAUGAAUACGACAAUGGCGCCAAUGGAUGAAGUCAGACAAAAUUCACAGGAAGAACUGCAGCGGCGGCAAAAUUCAUCACAAGGGUUACGAGCACGGAAGCUCCCGGAUUCGAAUAAAAAGGCAGACGGUGGGAGUAGAAGAGACGGUGGUUCCAGUGGUGGUAGUUCUGGAAGCGAUUCAAAUUCAAAUGGAGGAAACGGAAAUGGAAACGGAGAUGGCGGUGGGAAUGGUGGUUCUGGCGGGAAGGGAGGCGGAGGCGGAGGAGGGGGUGGAGGGGGCGACAAUGCUUCAAAAGAUAAUAACAACGGAAGUGGGAGCAAAAAGCAGCAAAACAACCCUUCCGAAAACCCACCAGGCCAGCAGGCAGAUCCGCCCUCCAAACCAACGGAAGCGGUGUCGACUCCUUCUGCUACUACCGUUGUCUUGAUCUCAACCACCACUGCUCCCGCGCCAGCUGGAUUAACUACACCCUCUACGUCGACUUCAGUUGCGGAGACUUUUAGAUCUUCAUUCUUUCCAACAACAACUUCUUUCUUGCCAGUCCUAGGAUUCACGAUACCAACUUCAGCAGCGACUUCAAGUCAACCCAGGAAAGGAUUGAACACGGAAGGAGAUCCAAACGUUAGCAACACUAGCACUAGCACGACCAAGACUCCCAAGAGUGAGCCAACGGCAACAGCAACCCAGGCAGUCAUUCCACAGACUGCACUGAAUUCUGCUUCGACAACGCUUUCAAUCCCGGACUCAGUCGGUGGCGGUGGUCACCAUAAGAAACCUCAGGGUCUCUCUCCUCUCGCCGAACAGCUCUUAAUUGCUGCGGGAGCAAUAGGCGCAUUUAUCAUAAUUGCUACCGGGAUCUUUUUCUUUACUCGAAUGAUGAAGGUUGAUAUUCUCUCCAAGUUCCGCAACCGAACAUUCAGUCGUGGAGGAGCUCGCGGAUGGUACGGAUGGCGAAGGCAAUCUACGGACUACUCCUCCGACCCGCCGCCAGUUUAUCCAGGAGAAUUUUACCCUGCAGAUGAGAAGGCAAUCCCAGCCCAAAGACAACUCGACGCAUUUUUCUCUCCUAUGGCCAGACCACCCUUGGCAACGCCUGCUGGGGCAGCCGCUCUCACCAACACUGGCCCUCAAAGGCAAGAGACGGACCUGGUAGCUCUGCUUGACAAUCCUGCGCCGCUUGGGGUGUCUCCAGAGGCACAGGCAGGGGGCCUUUCCGCCACACAUAAUUUCUAUAAUAUUUCUCCUCAAAAUGCCAACCUCUCUCGACAACCAGGCACCCAAGCCUCUCAAAAUUCGCAAGUCUCUGCUCUCUCACAGAAAAAUACAACGCUUUCUCGCCAACCUGGCACACAAGCCUCCCUUCUUUCACAAGCCAAUUCGAAUUACAUUAACACCGGCACUCAAAAUACUUUUCUUACAAUGCAGACGGCGGAUGCUUAUGACCCGAACCAGAGAGAAGUGAAUCACUUGAGUUACCUCUCAUCACUGUCUUCGGGCUUUGGUGACGGUCUCGUAAUUGCAGAUUCAACUGUCAAUUCACAGCAGUUCUAUCGUCAGUCCCAGAGCCAAGGGGCAGCAAGAUUUUCAUGGGCCACAUCAGCCCGAGAUCGUGACACAGUAUAUACGCAGGCAUCGAUAGAAUCUGCUCCACGAUUCCGCACCGUCAACUCGUGGGUAGCUCAGCAGUCAAGUCGCGUGGAAAGGCAGCGACAAAGCAAUGACGAAGUUCCAGCCAUGCCUCCGAUACCUUUGCCCUUGCAAGCAGGAGUCAAUCACCACAGGAAACCGAGUGAAGAUCCGGCAUUCAGAGCUCACCCUGGGGACGAGAUUCCAAUUCCAGGAGGCUCAAGAGUUCCUAGUGAGAUUCUGGAUAAGACUAUAGGGUUCAAAUAAUGAGGAGCCGAGGCAUAGGUGGAGUCUUUCUGUGUAUAAAUUGAUCAAUUUUCGCAGGGCCUGGUGCUCGGUGGAUGUAAAACUAGCAUCAGCGCGGCGUCGUCGGGACAUGAGAAAACGAUAUCAAUAGUUAAUGUACAACGAAGGAAGGUUUGGGGAGGAUUCAGAUACGGUGUUUUAUGGAGGCCCAAUAAUCGGACCACUUUUAAAGGUAUUCACAGUUGUCAGCAACCAAUAUCACGGUUCUAUGUGCAAUGGAUCUAUAUCUAAGUUUCGUAACUUUCAAUGCCCUUCAUUCUUCCAGA